AUGGAGGUUUCCACCGUGCCUUGUACUCUGUGCAGGAAACGGCGGGUCAAGUGUGACAAGCGCUUGCCGGGCUGUGCGCGGUGUGAAAAGGCAUCUCGCUCAUGCCCCGGAUACAACCAUCUACGCAGGUUCCUCGAUGAGAGCCAGAACCUUCGAAAGAAGUUCUCUUCGGCUGGUGCUAGCCCGCAGGCGAGUGGCCUUGUCAAGCCCGUAGACUCGCAGCUGGUGGCUGAAGCUGCUUCCACUGUCUCGUCAUUUUCUGGUUCACUCGAUUCAUCCUUGCUACCCACGGCGGCCUCAGGUAGCAUUGAUGUUGCUCAGACCCAGGCAACAACUCCAACUUCAGCCGACGCUCAGCUUCCGUCUCAAGAUGAUGCUCUGCAUGGCUCUAGCCUGGAGGGGGCUGACCAUGACAGCUUUUCUACCAACCAAGGGGUUCACGACACGUCCUUUAUCACGACUGAGAGUAUCUCUGACUCAGACUUUGACGCCAGAUUUUUCGACAUUGAUCCCCAGAUUUACUUUGCUGACGGGAACAACUGUUGUGGAUUCAUACCAUCUCUCUCCUUGAUAAAUGAUGCCAAUGGCCCGCAAGGGCCAUCUCUCUCCUGGCUUGGUGACGUUAAUUUGGAAGGAUAUUCACAGCCUGGAUAUGAAGCGGACGCAGAGCGAUCAGAGCGAUCAGAGAGACCAGAGACCGAGUUCUCAUCUCCAAUGCCAGACUCUUCGAAUGAGGCAGACCACGAAACUGCAUAUCUGAUAAGAUAUUUUGCCGAACGAAUCAGUCCAUGCCUGGACGUAUUUGAUAUUGAGCGAUUCUUUGGACACAUUGUUCCUAUAAAGGCAAUACGAAGCCCGCUUUUACAGAAUGCAUUGGCUGCCAUUGCGGCAAAGCAAUUUGGAAAGACGAAGCGAGAGACGUACUCGGCGAAUCAUCAAACACCUGGCAGGUCGAUGCUAGAGCAGUACUCUGAAGUAGCUCAUAUCGACUGGUUUUACAAGGCAGCAAGUUUCUAUGACAAGGCUAUUGGUCAUAUGAUGAGAUUGCUACAAACACUACGUGACGGCAGCCCUUCUCCACCACCUGGAACACCAUCGUCGAUGGAUUUGACACUCAACCUUCAUUCAGCAGUGUCACCAUCGUUCAAGAGGCGCCGGAUCGAAAGCAGUCAGAGUUCUCAUAAUGUUGUGGACGAUCUCCUGGCGGCAAUAUCCGUAUUUCUUCUCUACGAAUCUCUUGAUAAUCGAUUUGCAGAAGUCUCCCGACACAUGUCCGGCGCACAAUAUCUGCUUACCUUCAACCUAAAGCAAAUCUUCGAUAGUACCGAAUUUAAUCCUCGCGGCGGAGCUUCCUCCGGACUACAGACUCGAAGAGCCUGGCAAGCGUCUUUUUGGAAUAUUGUCUGCAUCGACUGGGUUACAUCUUACACUGGAGAGACCCCACCACGCAUUGACAUAGAAAAUCUCGAGUUGUGGAAAGCAGCGGGUCUACCAAUGUGUGUUGUCAAUGGCAUUCAUCUACCCGUCUCGCUCUGCAAUGAUGAAACCUCGGGCCACCAAAUGCAAAUGACGGAGACGAUGGCCUGCAGAAGCCUAAUAUGGGUCAUUUUGAAGACACUUGCGUUUGUGGCUGCUGAAAAGGGCAGCAACAAAAUAUCAGACAGCAUCUCGCCAGAUGCUGGAAAGACAGAUCGAAGCUCACUCCAUAAAAUUCAAAGCUGGGAUGAUAUCUCCCAACAUCUCGACAACUGGUGUGCUGCGUUGCCAGACACCUUUGAGCCUUGUGCAAGGAUAGCACAACGAUAUAAUAAUAUACCUACGCCUUCGGACAAUAUGCCGCCGAGAUCGGAAUUUCAAAGCGCGUUCCAGGAACUCUUCUACGCUAAUGCCAUGUGCGCAACAGCUGCAGUCUUGUAUCAUUUUGUACAGCUUCUCCUCUUGUUGCACAAACCUCUGAAUCAAAAGUAUUCAGAGUCACAUGCGGAGUUUGUGGCUAAACGCCUCAAUGCAUAUCGCCAACUUUCGGCUCAGAUUGAAGGGCAUGCCAAUGAGAUAUGUGCAAUAUCCCUAGGACGGCCAGAUGAUCCUGUUCGACUGCACAUGGUACAGCCCUUGUAUAUAGCUGGGCUUUGCUUCGAAGCACAUGAGCAGAGGACGGCGUUGGCCCAACUUCUUGCGACUAUACAGCGGGAAACUGGGUAUUCAACCGCGGAGAGAGUUGCAAAUCUACAGCAGCAAUGGGGGUGGGACAGUACUCCUCCAGCACUUGAUGUAUCAUAA